CUAAUGCCCUAUAUUCCAGAAAUAGGAGAAUAAGCAGCACCCUUUCCGAGAGAAGGGUUUAGAUCCAAGGUUAAUCUCCAAUCAAGGAAGAAAAGAUCCAGAGUUCAAAUCCACCCAGGGUUACAGUGGUACAGAAGUAAAUGGCUGAGGCUGGAAGCAACAUGGACACGUCAAGCAGUGUGACAUCUGUCAACACAGAAGAGGAUAUAGAAGAACGUCCUGCCGUUUCAAACUGUCGAGAGGCCUACCUGAGGCUCAUAGAUGAUCACAUGAGUAUGGACACACUCGGAAAUUUUGAACAUCGUCUGGAACUGCUCAGAAAAAGUUCUUUUUUCAUUGAUAUCGUGCCCAAAAAAAUAUUGUUUGGUCUACAAUAUGUGCAAAACAUUAGCACAAUGCUUCUAUUAGACCCUGCGAGAUUCAAACAAAUGAAAGAAAUUGGUAGAGAACAGACAGUGAUGCAGCUGUUUCUUCUGGAGAAAUAUUUGGAAGAGCUGAAGAGAAGCAGAGCAGAACUGGUGGAGAUGGUCCCGUCAAACGAUCGAGAGUUCUCUCUGACAAAACAGGGGACCCUCGAUCAAAAUGUGUCGGGGCUGAAGGACUUGGUAGACAAUUUUAAGUACAUGUUAGUGUCUGGGCCACUCUACAUUAAAAACAAACUCAUAUCACCAACUACAUUCCACCACCUUCCCUCCUUAAGGAUGUUCUUGAAUACUAAAGGACCAGUGAUGUUUGAUCGGUCUGAGUCAAUGGCUUUUGACAAUUGGACUUUUCUGAGUUGGCAUGUUUCCGGGCAUCGUCUGCUGACAGACAGUUUUGAAGUGCACUUUCAACAGCUAAACCUACAAUCAAAUGAGGAGGCACACAGUGGUGUACAUACUGUGGAGGGCAACACGUUACAUAUCGACAAUCUCCUGCCAGAAAAGACGUACCAGUUUUCCAUAAGGAGGACCAAGACAUGCAACCAAGUGUACGAUGAGUGGUGCGACAUCAUUACACUGAUUACAAGGGAAAUCUGAGCACCUCCUGCUCCAAAAUGCAUUAGAUGCCUACAAAACACAAGGUGACUCCAAGAACAAUGAAUAAAAGUAAA